GCCACGCCUUUUCCGGCCCGCCGUGCGGCCUGGGCUCCCGCGUGUUUGAAAGUGCGCUUGUGUCUGCUGCUGUCUUAACUCCUGUGCUUGGCGGACAGACAGGCGAGAUGGCGGCGGAGGUGUUGCCGAGUGCGAAGUGGCAGUAUUGUGGGGCGCCCGACGGGAGCCAGAGAGCUGUACUGGUCCAGUUCUCCAACGGGAAGCUACAGAGUCCAGGCAACAUGCGCUUUACCUUGUAUGAGAACAAAGAUUCCACCAAUCCCAGGAAGAGGAAUCAACGAAUCCUGGCAGCUGAAACAGAUAGGCUUUCCUAUGUGGGAAACAAUUUUGGGACUGGAGCCCUCAAAUGCAACACUUUGUGCAGGCACUUUGUGGGAAUUUUGAACAAGACCUCUGGCCAAAUGGAAGUAUAUGAUGCUGAAUUGUUCAACAUGCAGCCACUGUUUUCAGAUGUAUCAGUUGAGAGUGAACUGGCGCUAGAGAGUCAGACCAAAACUUACAGAGAAAAGAUGGAUUCUUGUAUUGAAGCCUUUGGUACCACCAAACAGAAGCGAGCUCUGAACGCCAGGAGAAUGAACAGAGUUGGCAAUGAAUCUUUGAAUCGUGCAGUGGCUAAAGCUGCAGAGACUAUCAUUGAUACGAAGGGUGUUACUGCGCUGGUCAGUGAUGCUAUCCACAAUGACUUGCAAGAUGACUCCCUCUACCUUCCUCCCUGCUAUGAUGAUGCAGCCAAGCCUGAAGAUGUGUAUAAAUUUGAAGAUCUUCUUUCCCCUGCGGAGUAUGAAGCUCUGCAGAGCCCAUCUGAAGCUUUCAGGAAUGUCACAUCAGAAGAAAUACUGAAGAUGAUUGAAGAGAACAGCCAUUGCAACUUUGUCAUAGAAGCGUUGAAGUCUUUGCCAUCAGAUGUGGAGAGCCGAGACCGCCAGGCCCGAUGCAUAUGGUUUCUGGAUACCCUCAUCAAAUUUCGAGCUCAGAGGGUAGUUAAGCGGAAAAGUGCUCUGGGACCUGGAGUUCCCCACGUCAUCAACACCAAACUGCUGAAGCACUUUACCUGCUUGACCUACAACAAUGGCAGAUUACGGAACUUAAUUUCGGAUUCUAUGAAGGCGAAGAUUACUGCAUAUGUGAUCAUACUUGCCUUGCACAUACAUGACUUCCAAAUUGACCUGACAAUGUUACAGAGGGACUUGAAGCUCAGUGAGAAAAGGAUGAUGGAGAUAGCCAAAGCCAUGAGGCUGAAGAUCUCCAAAAGAAGGGUGUCUGUGGCCGCCGGCAGUGAAGAAGAUCACAAACUGGGCACCCUGUCCCUCCCGCUGCCUCCAGCCCAGACUUCAGACCGCCUGGCAAAGCGGAGGAAGAUUACCUAGACACAUGCUUUCCAGACAGGGCAUUUUGGCUGCAUCACAGCCACUGGCUGGUCGUAUUCAUUUCCAUUUUUAUGUUUUAAAAAGGAAAGGUCCAGGGAUGGUGGCUCACACCUGAAAUCCCAGCACUUUGGGAGGCCGAGGCAGGAAGAUCAUUGAGCUCAAGAGUUUGAAACCAGUCUGGGCAACAUAGGGAGACCCCAUCUCUACCAGGGGAAAAAAAAAAAAAAAAGAGUCAGGCCUGGUGGUGUGCGCCUGUAAUCCCAGCUACUCGGGAGGCUGAGGCAGGACGAUUACUUGAGGUUGGGAAAUCAAGGUUGCAGUGAGCUAUGAUUGCGUGGCCACACUCCAGCCUGGGUCACAGAGUGAGACCUUGUCUCAAAAAAGUAAAAUAAGGAAAAAAGAAGCCUUGCUUUGGCACAGGUAUGAAGCCAGAAGCCAGCAUCUCAACUGUGCUUGUCUUAUGCAGAAAUAUAAAGCAAUGGCCAGGUUGGACUUCAUCUCUCUCCUUUGGUAUUAUUGCUGUGACUAUAAAUGGCAGAUGUUUCUCAUGUUGGUUCACCUGUGUGGGUAUUUGGGAGGGUGGGUCCUCCCUCCCAAAUUCGACUCACCAGGCUGAGUCAAAUCUAAUGGAUGAAGGUUUCCAAAGAGAAAUGUGAAGUGGCGUGCUUAGGUCUGGAAGGGCCAGUGGAGUACGUGGUGAGGAAGGAGGAUCUGGCUCAGCACGCCUGGGAAAUGACACUUUAGGCUUUAUCAGAAGCUAACCGGGUCACCGGUGUGAUGGGGGCUGCCACAGGCCAGUAGGAUACAGCCUGUUGUAAUGGGGUGGAGCCAAGUCAGAGGAAGUGGUGACCCAAUUUCUCUGUCUGGCGGAGGCCACGUAGAAGGCAGGGGUCAGCUCUGAAAGCCACACUUUGAAGAGGAUGAAUCAGUCAGUGUUCAGUUCAGAAAAUCAAUUGCUCUAGGUACCUUAAGAAGAAAGGAUUUUAAUGUAUGGAUAUGGUGCUGUAGAAUUGUGACAAGGGCCAGAGGACUGGGAACCGGAAGGUCGCCGUCAGGACUGCUGAAUUCAAGAACACACUGCCGGGGUUGCCAUCCGGAACUCAGAAGCCACUUCUGCUCCAUAACUGUUCCUGGAAUUCAUGAAGCUGAAGAUUCAACACUGGGCUGCUGAUGUCAGCUACCCAUGCUUUCUUCUUUUUCUUUUUAUUUUUUUGAGACAGAGUCUUGCUCUGUAGCCCAGGCUGGAGUGCAGUGGCACAAUCUCACUCACUGCUACCUCCGCCUCCUAGGGCUUGGUUCAAGCAAUUCUCCUGCCUCAGCCUCCGGAGUGGCUGGGAUUACAGGCAUGCGCCACCAUGCCCAGCUAAUUUUUUUGUAUUUUUAGUAGAGACAGGGUUUCACUGUGUUGGUCAGGCUGGUCUUGAACUCCUGAUGUGAUUCACCCGCCUUGGCCUCCCAAGGUGCUGGGAUUACAGGCGUGAGCCACCGUGCCCAGCCUACCCGUGCUUUCAAAGGUCCUGUAUUUCCACCACCUUGUCACCACAGAUAGCCAAAAGGUCAAGCAGCUAGCCUCCACCUUGCUUCCUUCUGAUGCGCAUAUAUAGGAGCCUUAUUUGCAUGUAGAAUCCUAGCAGGAAGGGAGUCUUUGAAAUAGGUUUCGGCUCACCAGCCUCUAGUGACAGGAGGCAUUCUAGAAGGACAUGAGUGGAUUAUAACUGCCAACCAAUUGGAUGUGCCAUGGAGGAGAUGGAGAAGCUGUGUCCAAAGGGGUGCUAUAAGGACAGGAGUGUGAUACAGGAAGGCUUAGGUACGUGGCCUGGGCCCAGUCUCAGAUCUCCAGGGUCCUGCUUCAAGUGGGAGCAGUUGAGAUCUGUGACACUCAGCGCCUGGGAGGCCGGGGAAGUGAAGGGAGGGAGACAGAACUCAGCUCCUCUGAGACGAGAAGUUUACAUAGCACCUGGGGCCCUCCAUUUGGGAGUCACGGUGGAAAGGAGUCUUGGCUGAGAUUUGCGGCAGGUGCACCUUAUUUUCUUUGCGCUCUGGGAUGCCCUCAGAGCCGUGCUCUUCUGCUUUGUCCCCAUCUGCCUCUGGCCCUGGGUAGGAGGCACUUGGUGCAUACUUUGUCUUCCUCCAGCAGAGGUGUGGGCAGGGAAUGUACUUGUCUCUUGUUUAUCUUUAAGCCGUUGUGAAAAUCAAGUAUGUGACUCUUCCUUGGAAAAAAUAAUCUCUCAGAAAAGGACUUCUAAUACAUCCUCAGGGUAGAAUGUG